AUGGAACUGGCCCAAGCAUUUGCCGUCAAGGCCGGCCUCAGCAACCUGCAGCCCUUGGCCGCCGGCCUCGAAUUCGACGUCUACAAGGCGACGUCGCGCGCCCACGGCGCCGUCGUCCUCCGCGUGCCCAAGUCCAAGGUCUUCCAAAACGCAAACGACCCCAACGUCGACGCCCGCGCCCUCGUCCGCCAAGAAGUCACCAUAGUCGAGCUGCUCCUCGUCACAGCGACGUCCGUACCCGUGCCUCGAUGCCACGGCUACUACGAGAUCGACGGCCACCCGGCCAUGGUCAGCGAGUACAUGCCUGGCGACGACGACGACGACGACGACGACGACGACAGCGUGUCGGCCGAUGUUGUCGACGUGGCUCUGGGCCGCGUGGCCGCGCUGAUCCAUGCGACGCAGGUCCCGGCUGACUGGCCCGUUGCACUCGUGGCUAUGGAGGGCUGCCGCGCCAGCGAAGAGUUACCGACGCUGUUCGUGCGGCGCAUGCGGCGCCGCUUCGAGGUUCUCGGUGGCCUGGUGCCGCAGACGCGGGACUGGGCCCCCGACGAGGCGACCCUGCGCGCGGUCGCGGAGCCGCUGCUGCUGCUGCGCGGGCGGCCGGCCGCGCUGCUGCACAUGGACCUGCGGCGCGCCAACGUGCGGGUGGCGCGCGCGGCGGGUGACCGGGGCGUUCUCGAUGUGUCAGCCGUGUUCGACUGGACCAACGCGCUCCUCGGGCCGCCCGUCGUGGACGUGUACCGCAGCCUCGAGUGGGGGGCGCGCGGCGCGCCGUUCCUGGCUGGGUACGAGAGCGUCCGCGGGGCGCCGCUUGAGGAGGUGUCACCGCGCGAGGAGGCUUUCCUGCGGCUCGACGCGGCGCUCGUGCUGGCUCUGGUGUUCGCGUCCGAGGCGCCGGACCCGGAGAAGCAGGCGGGAGCGCUGAGGCGCGUGCAGGAGUUAUGCGAGGCGCUGAGAAAGUGA